AUUAUUAUGGUUGCAAGGUGUGCGGUUAUGUGUCACGUAGCGAGGAGUGUGCGUUACUUGUUGUGAGAAGAACAAAGUUUUCUCCCAAGUUCGACACCCCGCCUACGACUCCAGUUCUUCGGCGCUUUAAUAGUUUUGUAUGCUGCGUUUCAGUAGUAGAAGAAAGUGAAGGAUACAUACAGACAGGAAGUGGCACACCUCCUCCUUUCUGUCCACGUGUGUAUCUUUGCUCAUUUUUACCGCCAUCCAUUUACUGGAAUCAUAAUCCUGCGCUCAUAUCCCUCCGCGGACCACGCGAGAUAGACCCUGGUUGGAUGAUAAAUUACAAUCAGACAACUUCGUCGUGGGUUUUCCAAAGAGAACCCAAUCGAAUAAUCAAUCGAUGCCUUUAACUAAUCGAUACGUAAAAGGCCCGUGGUGGUGUUGUGCAUUUUGGCGCGAUUUUUUGUCGCGUAAGGAGAUACACGAGCGCACAGAUAGCAGUGCUGCGGCCAGACUGACCACACCCACCUCAAUGGUGUUGCGACUACCGGGUUGGUUCACAAGCACCAUGCUGCUUUGCUCCCACUUUAAGUUUACACGCAGAAAACUUCUUCCCAGAUAGUUGUCAUCAUUUUCCUCAUCUCUGUGGACCUUUAAGUGGAACUCCUGGGGACACUUUGUACACUUUUGCCGUGUUCCGCUAAAGUUUGAUGAAGGACCACCAGUCCCCACCAACGCCCCUCUCCAAGAGCGACCAGCUGAGCUACAUGUCGGAGAUCCUGCUGGAGGACCAAGACAUGCAACUCAAUUGGAACUGCGCCUUCUUCCAGUCGGAUGGAGCCGAGAAGGACGCCGGAUGGCCGCCUUCCCCUCUGGAGGAGAGCGGCGAGGACGGGCUGUGGCAGUGCCUGGCCCCGGAUAAGACCCUGGAGGAGAAGCUGGUGUCCUCCAUGCUGGGCUCCAGCCCGCUGCUGUCUGACAUCGACACAAGUAUCUUUGAGGGGCUAGCCGGGUCCACGCUGGACUGCCAGACUCUGAUGGAGACCCAGGAGCACAGCGAGGCCACGUCGGACUACGGAUCGACUGGCGGCGAGCUGUCCAAUGAAUCAUCUAGCGACUCAGAGGAGGAGAUAGACGUAGUGACGGUGGGGCACUGCCCCCCCAGCACCUCCGCAGAGCGCUCGUCUCGCCGGCGGAAGCAAAAUGAGAAGCAGCGUGCUCUCCAGCGCCACCACCUCGAGAUCCAGCAGCAGCACAACUACGCCGCUCCUCGCCCGGCUUCUCCGCCGACUUCCUCAUCGAAGAAGUUCUUGAUCGAGCAAGGCAGCGACAGGUUCUCGCACCCGUCCACACACUACCACAACCACCACAGGGAACAGCGCUCUUUCAGGAGCUCUGCAGAGACGGAUGAUGAUGAUGAUGACGACGAGGAGGAGGAGCGGCGGCGGACGCACAACGUGAUGGAGCGUCAGCGGCGCAACGAUCUGAAGAACUGCUUUGUACGACUGCGUGAUAACGUGCCCGAGCUUUCGCACCACAAUAAGGCGUCCAAGGUGGUGAUCCUGAAGAAGGCCAGAGACUGCAUCUAUGGCCUGGAGGACCGCGCCUUCAGGUUGCGGGCCAAACAGGACAGACUUCGAGUAAAACAGGAAGAACUGAAAGCCAGACUGGAGCAGCUCCGCAGGUAAUGGAGCCGACGGGAGGGGCCAGGGUAGACCAUUUCCUGUGGACAAAAGUGACUUUUGGUUAUUGUGUUGGUAACCUUGACUGCUGACUGUUGUAGGACGCACACACAAGCUCCGUUUAUGAUGUUUUCCUUCAGGAUGCUAAACACUUGAAUAUAUUGAGGAUGUGUCGUAGCCAUAGCAACCAAUGAUCCCUCAUAAGAUGCUUUUCAACUUCUUUGUUCAACUUGAGUUCCACCAGCCGGCAGACUCUCUGCACUUAAAACAGGGGUCUCAAACACACGGCCCGCGGGCCAAAUGUGGCCCGCAGGACACUAGUUUGAGGCCCCCGCCUUGAUAUGAAAGUUCAAUGUUAGUGCGGCCCGCGCAAGUUUGAUAUGGAUGCUGUAUGGUAUCAUGUACCCAGAAAAAAAUAUUACGUUUGAUUAAUGUUCAUGUUAAAGGUUAAAUAACUGCUAAUAGUUAUCCUCCCUAUCCGUGUGGAAGUGGUAAGUUUUUGGCUUUUUGAGUUUAAAGGAAAUAACUUGGAGGCUACCGUUUAGGUCGCUAGCUCUCUAGUUUGCGAGUUAGCAUGUGUCUCAAGACCCUGCAGUUGCGCAAUAUGUUGUAAAUAAAAAGAGUAUAAAUGUGACUAUAGUCGUGUUUUGUCAUGUCUACAGGGCUCUAAUAAUGCUUUGUUCAUUUUAAUCUUGUAAAUUUUACAAAAAUAUAUAUUUUUUUAAAGUAAAAAAAGUAUUAAACAUGAAUAAAUCAAACCAAGAAUCAAUUAAGAAUAAUUCCAUAUAUCAACUCCAAAUAUUUAAGCACUGAUGAGUUUAUGAACUCAAACAUGAAAAAAUGUGGCAACUGAUUGCCUUACUUUUUUUGAGUUCUGCUAACUUAUUGGGGUUUACAGUGUGGGGACCGGCUUUGUGUGUGUGUGCUCCACAUGUUCCUCAGCGAGAUCCUGUUUAGAUCUUCAAGCCCCUUCCAUCUCAAAGGUAGCCAUCAUCCUUAUCUGACAGCUUGAACUCUGCCAAAGUUUGAUUGUUGCCCCUUCAAAGUCCCGAUGCUGCUUCCUCUUCAAGGACUUUUCCAGUUGCUUGUCAGCGGCUGGAUGGUGUUUCCCAAGCAAACAUGAGCUAAGGUGUGAAAUAUCACAUUGGCUCUUCCCAAAAUUCCCAGAAUCUGCCUCCUGACCCCAUUUCAGCGGGAACAGGAAGUUGAUGCAAACCUGGACACUUUAAAUGGGAUCUUCUAGAACAGGGGUCAGCAACCCACGGCUCCAGAGCCGCAUGUGGCUCUUCAGCCUCUUUGUUAUGGCUCCCUUCAUAAUGCUCAAGUAUU